AAAUUUUUAUUCAGUAUUUGUAUUUCGUUAAAAAAGAAGAAUGAAAUAAAAUAUUAAAAAAACAUUCUACAGCAUAGAAGAAUAUUUAGAGACAGAUAUUGAUAUGCAAGAAAUAAAACUACUUAUUUUAUAUUUAAAUAAAAGUAAAAUAAAUGAUGCAAUAAUGUCUGAUCUAUGUAACAAGCUAAGAGAAAGCAUAGAUCUUUAUGAUUUGAAGCUAUUUUUGAGUGAAAACAAAUUCGGAUAGAAUAGUUUCUCUAUAUUAGGCUUAGAGCUAUAAAAUAUAGUUAACCUCUAAUCUUUACUUUUAGAUUUAAAGUAAAACAAAUUAAACAAUGAGAAAAUUAAAUCUUUAGCUGAAACAUUAGGAAAAUGUUAAAAAUUGGAAUCACUAAUUUUGUAUAUUGACUAAAACCAAAUAACAAAUCAGGGUGUAGAGUACUUAGCUUUUGGCUUAAAAAGAUGCUUGAAUAUUAAAACUCUGGAAAUUGAUUUAUCAAAUAUAGAUAUUGGUUCAAAAAAUCUAAAUUAGUUAUUCUUUGAACUUAAAACCUGUGUUAACCUUACAAACUUGAGUUUACGAUUAAGUUAAUGUAAUAUUUCUUCUCAAAGGCAUAUCAAUCCAUUUGAAGGAUUAAGAAAAUUCUAAAACUUGAAAAAUCUUAAUCUAAAUCUUUAAUGCAAUUAAAUUAAUGAUGAUCAAAUUGUUCUAUUAGGAAUAGAGCUAGGUUUUAUAGCUAGUUUAACGAGUCUAUUUUUAGGCUUCUAUUUUAAUUAGAUAAGCACUAGUGGGUAUUCUAAUUUUAUUGAAGGAAUAUCAAACUGUAAAGGCCUUUUUACUCUUAAAUUGUAUAUGGGUUAAAACAUGAUUGGAAAUGAAGACAUUUUACUGAAAGACUCAUUUAGUAAAUUCCAAAACUUAAACAAUUUCAUUAUUGAUUUGAGUUCUAACUAAUUCACUUUGUUGAAUGCAAUGUAAUUAUCAUAUGAACUGAAGUAGUCAGAAACUUUAACAUCGCUUGCACUUAACAUGAGUUCUAACAAAUUUGGAAGUGAAUAAACAAACAAAAUCAUAAUAAACUUGAAAAAGAUAAAAAAGCUUGUUAAUCUGUAAACAUAUUUUUGA